AUGAGCUUACCCAGUGGCGUUGAUAUGUCGAAUCUGAUGCAACAGCACCCGGUGCUUGGAGCGUUGCCACCGGCUUUUUUCUUACGAGCCGCUUCGGAGCGUUAUCAGCGUACGCCCAAGUGUGCCCGAUGUCGCAACCAUGGUGUGGUGAGCGCUCUGAAGGGUCACAAGCGCUACUGCCGUUGGCGGGACUGUGUGUGCGCCAAGUGCACCUUGAUCGCCGAGCGGCAGAGAGUGAUGGCUGCCCAGGUUGCACUAAGACGGCAGCAGGCUCAGGAGGAGAACGAAGUCCGAGACUUGGGGUUACUGUACGGUGCCGGCAGCGGGGCCGUGGGUCAGGCGACUGCCCCCACGACAGCGUCGGCCACGGGUGUCACGGUGACGGGGGCCGGCAAGUCGGUCGUCUCGGUCCAGUUUCACGGUGGUAUUCCGUCACCGCCGACCGACGUAGAGAGCACCACGCACCACAACUACAUGCCAGCUGCAGACCCAGCAGACAUGCAUCGAUUACGGGUGGAGCACCUGCAUACGGCAUAUUCGCCCAACCAUAGUGAUCCCGACAGUCCCGGUCCCAAACGGCAGCGUAUAUCAACGGAAACGGAUCACGACACGGAAUCGGAAUCUUCACCAAGCAGUCCACGCCACCGACUGUCGCUGUUUGACGGUUUGUCCGGUGAUCGCCAGUCGCUGAACCGCACCAAUGGCCCUCCGAGUUCCCCGGAGUCCGACCUGGACGUAGACUCCACGCCCGACGACUCGGUCGCGCCGGAAAAUCUGAGCCUCAAGAAAGAGCGCGUGUACACGAAGCCACCCUCCCUGGUGACGAUGUCGAAUGGGCACAGUCACAGCCCUGGCGCCGGUUUUCUGCCUUACAGCCAGCGAUCGUCGCCCUGCUCGCCGUAUCAGACGAGCCUCGGCGUCGGCGGUACGUCUGCGCAACGCUCGCCGGUGGACGUGCUACUGCGAGUGUUCCCCAACCGACGGCGGAACGAGGUGGAGUUACUGCUGCAACGUUUCCGGGGUGACGUGGUGCAGGCCAUGGAGGCGAUGCUAUGCCGCGAGGAUGCACUGCACACGCCAAUCAGUGUUCCAACACCUUCACCGUCUUUUGCAGUGAAGUCAGCAUUCUCACCACUGAUGCCUUCCGGAACACCAUUCACUAGUCCGACGGUACGGUACUCUUUCCUGCAGCACCAACAGCAACAGGCGCAGCACACUAAGCGGUUUCUAUCGGCACCGUACUCUGGUACAGGUUAUCUUCCCACCAUACUGCAGGACCCGGAGCACGCACAACAGCAGCAGCAACAGCAACAGCCAGAACCGACGACUGUAUCGGCAGAAGUUGGACCCCUGGAUAACUCCGACUAG